ACACUUGCCAGCAGUGUCAGUGAGCACUUGACUUCUUCUUCUGGUGAAGUGGGUUUACUUGAAUUUUAAGAAAAAAUGUCUCCACUUAUAAGAAGCAUUGUCGAUAUCACUGAAGUUUUCAAUCAAUAUGCAUCACAAAGUUGUGAUGGAGCAUCACUUAGCAAGAAAGACCUGAAAAACCUCCUUGAGAGAGAACUUGGAGAUGUCCUUCAGAGACCACAUGACCCUGAGACGAUAGACCUGACCCUAGAACUUCUGGAUCGCGACUGCAACGGGCGUGUUGAUUUCAACGAAUUCCUCCUGUUCCUUUUCAAGAUUGCUCAAGCUUGCUAUUAUGCUCUCGAUCAGGCCGCAGAGCUAGGCGAGAAGAGAGCCCUGCCCAAUGAAAAGAGGAACCUGUCACAAGAUCGCAGGCAAGAAGACCAAAGGAGAUUCGAGCCCCGAAGCAGACAACUGGACGAAGAACCUGGGCGCCGAAGCUGGCAGAAGAGACGUGAGCAGGAGGAGCGCGCUGAGGAGCAGCGGCUGGAGCAGCGCUACAGGCAGCACCGCGAUGAAGAGCAGAGACUGCAAAGGCGAGAACUGCAAGAACUGGAGGAACGCCUUGCAGAGAAAGAGCCGCUUGGCUGGAGUAAGGGUCGUGACGCGGAGGAGUUUUCUGAGGUAGAGGAACAGCAAAGGCAAGAGAGGCAGGAACUCAAGGGCAAGGGCCAAACAGAAGAGAGAAGGCUGCAGAAGCGCAGGCAAGAAGAGCUACGCGAACCCCUGCUAAGGCGCGAUCUGGAGUUGAGGCGCGAACAAGAGCUAAGGCGCGAGCAGGAGUUGAGGCAGGAACAGAGGCGCGAGCAGGAGCUAAGGCGCGAGCAGGAGCUGAGGCAAGAGCUGAGGCGCGAGCAGGAGCUGAAUCGAAGGCAGGAGCUGAGGCGCGAACAAGAGCUAAGGCGCGAGCAGGAGCUGAGGCAGGAGCUGAGGCGCGAGCAGGAGCUAAGGCGCGAGCAGGAGUUGAGGCAGGAACUGAGGCGCGAGCAAGAGCUAAGGCGCGAGCAGGAGUUGAGGCAGGAACUGAGGCGCGAGCAAGAGCUAAGGCGCGAGCAGGAGUUGAGGCAGGAACUGAGGCGUGAGCAAGAGCUAAGACGCGAGCAAGAGCUGAGGCAGGAGCUGGCUGAGGAGGACGAGCUGACGCGGAUCCGGGAACCCGACGAGAGCAUUACCCAGAGGUGGCAGUGGCAGCUCGAAAACGAGGCAGACGCCCGUCAGAACAAGGUCUACUCUAGGCCUAGCAGGCAGGAGCAGAGGCUUCGCCAGGAGCUGGGGGAGCGUCAGCUCCGGGAGCAGGAGGAGCAGCGCCGCGACCUCCAACAGGAGCGUCCCGCUGAGGAGGCGCGCCAGCGCAACCAGUGGGAGAGGCCGCAGCGGGCGGAGGAGCGCCUGGAGCAGGAGCAGCGGUUCCGCGACAGGGAGGAGCAGCGCUUCCGGGAGGAGAAGCUGCAACGAGCAGAGCUCCAGGACAGCCUCCUAGAUGAAGAACAGAGGCGACUCCAGGAGGAACGCCGAGAGCCAAACAGGAGCCGGCAACUGAGGGAAGAAAGCCAGAGGCGCCGCACACUGUACGCCAAACCCAGCCAGAGGCAGCGUAGGGAGGAGGAGCUACGCGAGGAACGGCUGUUGCAAGAAGAGCAGCGCCAGCAGCGGGAGAGGAAACACCGCAGGGAGGAGGAUCUGCAGCAGGAGGAAAAGCGGCUGCAGCAAGACGAAGAGCAACUGCAGCGAGAAAGGAGGCGCCUGCAGCGGGAGAGGCAGUAUCAGGAGGAGGACCUGCAACAGGAGGAAGAGCGGCUGCAGCAGGAGGAAGAGCGGCUGCAGAGAGAAAGAAGGCGCCUGCAGCAGGAAAGGCAGUAUCAGGAGGAGGACCUGCAGCGGCUGCGGGAUGAAGAUCAGCGCAGGGAUCUGAAAUGGCAGUGGCAACCAAGGAAAGAAAAUGAAGUUCGUAGUAACAGGCUCUUCACCAAACGCAGAGGGGAUGAGGAACCCAUCCAGCAGCUGGAAGAUUCUCAGGAGCGAGAGAGACGUCAGGAUCGGCGGCCUCUGCAAGACGAAGAGGAAGAGAAGAGAGAGCUGGAGCAGGAGAGGAGGCGUCGACAGCAGCGCGACCGUCAGAUCCUAGAGGAAGAGCAGUUUCAGCGAGAGCACCAACGGGAAGCCAGAAGACGAGAUGAGACGUUCCAGGAGGAAGAACAGCUCCAGGGAGAAUCGAGAAGACGGCAACAGGAGAGAGAGGGCAAGUUCCUUGAGGAGGAAAGGCAGCUGCGGACAGAACGGGAAGAGCAGAGGCGGCGUCAAGAACAAGAGAGAGAAUUCCAAGAGGAGGAGGAGCACCUCCAAGAACGCGAGAAAGAACUUCGGCAGGAAUGCGACAGAAAAUCUCGUGAACAAGAGCGCCGCCAGCAGCGUGAGGAAGAGCAGCUGAGGCGUCAGGAGCGGGACCAGAGAUUCCGUCGGGAACAAGAACGCCACCUGGAACGUGAGGAAGAGCAGCUGCGGGACAGACCAUCCCGCCGGGAACAAGAACGCCACCAGGAACGUGAGGAAGAGCAGCUGCGGGACAGACCAUCCCGCCGGGAACAAGAACGCCACCAGGAACGUGAGGAAGAGCAGCUGCGGGACAGACCAUCCCGCCGGGAACAAGAACGCCACCAGGAACGUGAGGAAGAGCAGCUGCGGGACAGACCAUUCCGCCGGGAACAAGAACGCCGCCUGGAGCGUGAGGAAGAGCAGCUGCGGGACAGACCAUCCCGCCGGGAACAAGAACGCCACCAGGAACGUGAGGAAGAGCAGCUGCGGGACAGACCAUCCCGCCGGGAACAAGAACGCCGCCUGGAGCGUGAGGAAGAGCAGCUGCGGGACAGAUCAUUCCGCCGGGAGCAAGAGCUCAGACGGGACAGAAAAUUCCAUGAGGAAGAAGAGCGCCGCGAGGAACUGGAGGAAGAGCAGCGUGGCCAAGAGCGGGACCGUUUGAGGGUGGAGGAGCAGCUUCGCGGACAGCGAGAGGAAGAGCAGCGCCGCCGCCAGGAAUGUGACAGAAAAUUACACCGGGAACUAGAGGUCCGCCAGGAACUGGAGGAAGAGCGGCUGCGGGACAGAAAGCUCCGCAGGGAACAAGAGCUCAGGCGCGACAGAAAAUUCCAUGAGGAAGAAGAGCGCCGUCAUGAGGAGUUCGAGGAAAAGCAGCUGCGCCUCCAGGAACCGGACAGAAGAUUCCGCCGGGAACAAGAGCUCCGUCAGGAAUGCGUCGAGGAAGAGCGGCUGCGGGACAGUAAGAUCCGCCGGGAGCAAGAGCUCCGCCGGGAGCGCGAAGAAGAGCGGCUGAGGGACAGAAAGAUCCGCCGGGACCAAGAACUCCGCCAGGGACUGGAGGAAGAGCAGCUGAGGCGCCAGGAACUUGACAGAAAAUUCCGUGAGGAACAAGAGCUCGACCAAGAACUGGAGGAAGAGCGGCUGCGGGACAGAAAGAUCCGCCGGGAGCAAGAGCUCCGCCGGGAGCAAGAGCUCCGCCGGGAGCAAGAGUUCCGCCGGGAGCAAGAGCUCCGCCGGGAGCAAGAGUUCCGCCGGGAGCAAGAGCUCCGCCAGGAGCGCGAGGAAGAGCGGCUGAGGGACAGAAAGAUCCGCCGGGACCAAGAACUCCGCCAGGGACUGGAGGAAGAGCAGCUGAGGCGCCAGGAACGUGACAGAAAAGUCCGUGAGGAACAAGAGCUCGACCAAGAACUGGAGGAAGAGCGGCUGCGGGACAGAAAGAUCCGCCGGGAGCAAGAGCUCCGCAGAGAGCAAGAGCUCCGCCGGGAGCAAGAGUUCCGCCGGGAGCAAGGGCUCCGCCGGGAGCGCGAGGAAGAGCGGCUGAGGGACAGAAAGAUCCGCCGGGACCAAGAACUCCGCCAGGGACUGGAGGAAGAGCAGCUGAGGCGCCAGGAACGUGACAGAAAAUUCCGUGAGGAACAAGAGCUCGGCCAAGAACUGGAGGAAGAGCGGCUGCGGGACAGAAAGAUCCGCCGGGAGCAAGAGCUCCGCCGGGAACGCGAGCAAGAGCAGCGGCGCCGCCUGGAGCGUGAGGAAGAGCAGCAGCGUCUCCAUGAGCGUGAGGAAGAGCAGCGGCGCCGCCAGGAGCGCGAGCAAGAGCAGCAGCGGUGCCUGGAGCGUGAGGAGGAACAAUUUCGCUUUGAGGAGCAGCAGCGCCGCCGCCAGGAACGCGAGCAACAGUUGAGACAGGAGCGCGACAGAAGAGUCCUUGAGGAAGAAGAGCUUCGUCAGGAAAGGGAGGAGCUGCUGCACCGCCAGGUGGGUGGCAGGAAAUUCCGGGAAGAGGAGCGACUCCGCCUGGAAAGAGAGGAACAGCAGCGUCGUCUCCAGGAGCGUGACAACAGAAGAUUCCGCGAGGAAGUAGAGCUCAGGCAAGAAAGGGAAGGGCAGCAGCUUCGCCAAGAGCGUGACAGAAAAUUCCGUGAGGUAGAAGAGCUUCGCCAGGAAGAACAGCGCCGCCGCCAGGAGCGUGACAGGAAAUUCCGGGAAGAGAAACACCCACGCGAGGAACGCGAGGAACAGCAGUUGCGCAGGGAGAAGCGAGAUGGUCAAUACCUGGCUGAGGAGCAGUUUGCCAGGGAUACGAUUCGUCGCCAGGAACAAGAACUACGUCAAGAAGAGGAACAAAGACGUCGCCAAGAGCGGGAGAGAAAAUUCCAAGAAGAGCAAAUCCGUCGUAGGCAAGAGGAGCAGAGGCGCCGCCAAAUCCUGGAGCCUGGUACACGCCAGUUUGCCAAUGUCCCAGUGCGUUCCAGCCCUCUCUAUGAGUACAUCCAGGAGCAGAGGUCUCAAUACCGCCCUUAAAAGAUGCUGCAAACAUCCUGGCACCAGCCAAAGCUUCAAGCAAAAGAAAAUGAGAAACACUAGGGUAUCCAGCGAUAACUCAAGUGUUUCUGGUUGUGGGAAAACUCUCUGAUCUUAGAAUGUGUCUUUUCUUACAGAAUCUUAAACUAUACUAAUUUCAUUUCCUUUAAUUCCUGUCUUUCAUUCUUCCACAGGUAGUUCUUUUUUGCAAGAUGUCUUUGUUCUUUAGUGAAGAUAUGAUGUGCACUUUUAAAACUAAGCCAUUUAAUUUUUUGAACGAAUUUUCUUUGAGGAGCACAUUGGUUUAUUGCCUUCUUAAAUAACAAGAAUAAUGCAAGCAAUCUGAUAUUCAAAGUAAUUGAAUCGCUACUUUUAGUGGUGGAUCAUUUUAUCUAAAGCUUUCAUUUUAUGAGUUCAAGUUGACAUUUUCUUUGGCUUAAAUUUUGUCUUUACCUCCAAAUGGUUUUCUUAGGUUUUGUUGCAAAAUUAUGACAGAUUCCAUCAGCAGGCUGAAACUUAGAUCCCUCAGAUAAUGUAGGAGGAAGAGGAUUUAUGCAGAAAAUAAUAUAUGAAGUCAGUUCAUAACUGAACAAAUCUUGUUAAGAGAAAUGCUUGACAGAAAAUUAUAAUUUGGCAUUAUAUUUUUUAUAUUUUGCAUCAUCUAAAAUCUCAUGAAGUGAAAGCAAGGUGGUCCUCAAACAACUCAAAUUUAAAACUGUAGUUGUAGCACUCUGUUCCAUUUCCCCAAGUCUUAUUGAGUUUGAGAAUUUUUCUACUUUUGUACAUUUUGGUUUAGAGGGAACCUACUCAAGAUUCUGUAAACAUUUGUCUUGUUUGGGUCCAAUAAAAGUUCACAGAGUGAUGGCAAAAGGAAAAGGGAAAUGUAUGAACAGAGGACAAAUUUCUAGAGGUCUCUUUAUUAUACUUAGAUGCUCACAGUACUUUGAGGCUUUAUACUACCUGGAAGACAUUCUUGUUCAAAUAAUUGGACUGUUAAAAAUCAAUAAAUGUUUGGCAAAUA